AUGCAAUACAAUUCGACGUCAGGUGUUGGCAAUAUGCCACAGUUCUCGUCGCAGCCUGCAAUGGGGCAACAGCGGAUGCCACAGCGCAGACCCGCCCAUCAAUUCUUUCAGAAACCUACCGCUUCGGCAGCUCCAGUACAGCCUUUGUUACAUAAUGUAGGACCUUCUAAUCAGCAGGCCGGUGCUGCUGCCUUCCCUCAGGACGCUCAUCCUCCGGUGUCGAAUAUGGCUCCGUCUCAGCAGUUUCAAUCAAUGCCAACAGGCUUCCAGCACCGUCUUACGGUGCAUGGAAAUAACUUUGAUGGAUAUGGCGGCGGAAAUGCUCCGGACCAUACGCUGCAGAGUGGCAGCAAUCCACAUCUGCAUGUGCAGUAUCCUCAGCAAGUGCAACAGGCUGAUUUUAUUAAUCAGUUUUCCAGCAACCCGAUGGCAGGACUGGCAAUGAACAGUGCACAGGAUUUCCUCCAGAAGCAAUCAGAGAUUCGUCUUAAGAUCUUGCUGCUUCCAUUUCGACACAAGAACUGGCGCCGUAUAGGCAACGGCGAGCAAGAUGAAUCAAAGCCGAUGCAGUACGCCCCUCCGACUUGUGACAGCAACGCACCAGAUCUCUACAUCCCGUUGAUGGGCUUUCUCACCUACAUACUGAUUGUAGGCUAUUCCAAGGGCACUUCAAACCAGUUCAGCCCAGAUGUGAUCUCCAAGGAUGCAAGCUACUGUCUUGUGAUGCAGCUGAUCGAAAUCGGGUAUAUUCCGUUAGUAAUUAAUACGGUCGUCUUUCAGCUACUCGGCUCCAUCGCCUAUUACGUGUCGCUUCUGUACACUGGUGUUGCUGUGUCAUACUUUACGCUCAACUGCAUGAAAGGAAGUGUAGCUGAACCAACUCCUGAAAACCGCCUUUUUCGAAACUAUCUGCUCUUUGGUGUUUCGUGUUUGCAGCUUGUCCUAGUGUGCUGGAUUUCUUACACCACCGCACCUGGCGAGUAG